GACAAUUUGUCCGGCGUCCGGAUAAAUCGUGUUAUUAUAAUGGCAGAUUGGUUGCAGAGUAAAACAACCCGGAAAUGUCGAUUUUAAGAAGUUUUGCUGGGUAUUAUAUAAAGGCAAUAAGUACGCAUCCAUGGAAAACCACUGCUCUAGCAACAGGUUUACUCUGUGGUACUGGAGAUAUAAUUGCUCAGCAAGUUGUGGAGAGACAUGGAAUUUAUAGCCACGACACCAGGAGGACUACAAAACUUUUUGCAAUGGGUUUAUUUUUUAUUGGACCGGGCCUUAGGUCAUGGUAUGUUGUUCUUGACCGAUUAGUCAUAGGAACAUCUUCAUCAGUUGUCAUAAAAAAAGUAUUGUUAGAUCAAGGAAUCUGGGCUCCGACAUUUAUAGCUGCAUUUUUUACUGUUUCUGAUGUAAUAGACGGUAAAUCAUUUGGAGAUAUUAGAAGAAGAUUACAACAUUCAUAUAUCCCAGCAUUACAAGCCAACUAUAUGUUAUGGCCUUGGGUUCAACUAGCAAAUUUCUAUUUUAUUCCUGUACAGCAUCGUGUCAUUGUGGUAAAUUUUGUAGCUUUAUUUUGGAAUACAUAUCUUGCGUGGGCAGUUAACAAAAAUAUUGACAAUGUUGUCUAGAUGGCUUUGUUCUUUAAUCCUAAUUUUGGCUACUUGUGCUACUUAAGGCGCGUCCAAUUUAUGUUCGGGAAAGUUUGAUAGUUUUUUGGGAGCUCCCGCGUUUUUGUAAUUAAGCUGUCAUGUUGCCAGACCCACAUUGCAGCUUUAACCGACGCGAGAAACGUCAGAGCAUGUUGAAGUGAACAUAUAAUAUAGAAAAGAAGAAGUUUUAGUAUAGUAGCAUGUUAUAUAAAAAAAAGUUGUACAACAUAGAUAAAAAAACCCUACCUUUUCCAGCCAUAUAGCUAUAACUUCAGGUGUUUUAUACAUCUUCAGAUUUUAGUUGCAUAGCUAGCUAAAAGUUUGAAGUCAGAACCAGUUUUAGUCUAGUCUAGCUAUAGCUAAAUAGUAUCUACUUUUGGAUCAAGUGAUUCCUGCAAUGACAGCUCAAGGUAAGAAUUCAGAGUUUCCCAGUCAUAAAAAACAGCAAGCUAUUUUGAGCUAAGUAUAUAUAUAGCUAGGCUAUUUACAGGAAGACAGGGACUGCUAGCCUGACUAUGCUAUUCUUAGGCUUCAAAAAUAAGCCAAAAAAUCACUGUUACUGUCGUAUUUCCAUCUUUUUUCAACUUCGAUAUAUAUAGCUAGCUAGCAUAAUUUGUUUUUUUCUCUGACUGACUAUUGUUGGCUAGUAACACCCAGUUCGGGAUAAAGGUUACAGAUAUGGAAACACGUUGUAAAAGGAAAACUGCUUCUAGAUUCAGAAACCUGUUGUGAUUUUUUUCCCAUAGAACGAUAGCAGAUGAUUUUCAAAUGGGGGUAUUUUUAAUAUUUAAAAAGCUUAAUAACUGGUUAUAAGGCUUACAAGUUUAUAACUCAAGUUGCUUAUUGGCCACUAAAACCUAUUAAAUUAAUGCUAGCCCAAUUUGGAUUACCGAAGUGGCUUUUAAUAUUCGGAAACUAUGAUUUUUGUACUGAAAAAGUUUGUAAACAAGAAACUGUUUUGUUUCCAUCUGUAUAAACCUUUUUCCAGACUGUAGCCUUACAUUGCAUGGUGUGACUUGUUCUAAUUUAAUGUGAAUUUAUUUCGGUGAAUUAUAAUCUUGGGAGAUUUAAAAACUUCCGUUAAUAUAUAUGAAAAAUUUCACUACAACGAAUUUGCCUUGGUGCUUUUUCUAGGAUAUUAUAACCAUAUCUAGGUAUAAAUAUUUGUACGUAUAUGUCUGGUUAUAGGAGUUUUUUUGUAAAAUGGCAAAAAAGAUUUGUGGACAACUUUUGGAAAUAAUGUUUGCGAUUUUGCGAUUGAAAUAUAAAAGCUAUAUAUUAUUCAGAACUGUGAGAAUUGAAUUUUGUGAUAACGAAAAAUAAAGAUAUUUUGCGGCAAAAAGUCUGUGAAUAAUUUUAUAAACUAUAACAAUAAUUUUAUAGUAAAAUAUAAUAAACUAUGUAUAUAUAUAUAUACCUAUA